AUGCCGUACCUAGAGCUAGCCGGAUUUGGGUCAGUAGCAUUGAUCCGGUCCUCCGACUUGCGGUUUGAUUUAUUAUCUGCGCUAGUGGAGCGGUGGCGUCCGGAGACCCAUACUUUCCAUUUUCUGUGCGGGGAGUGCACGGUGACCUUGGAGGAUGUUGCAGUGCAACUUGGGCUCCCAAUUGACGGGAGUCCCGUAACGGGAGUAUCUUCAUUCACCGAUCCGGCUGCAGUUUGCUAUCAACUCCUAGGAAAGUCACCAGAGGAUGGUGAUAAAUAUUUUUCCGGCAUAAAAUUUACAUGGCUAAAAGCCAAAAUAUGUGGAUUAUCAGCGACCGCCAGUGAAGGUGAGCUGAUGUGUGCUGCUCGAGCGUACAUCAUGCAUAUGAUAGGGGCAGUACUCAUGCCUGAUGCAAACGGCGACAGUGUGCAUUUGUCAUACUUGCCCUUGCUAGCUGAUUUCUCCACUGCUAGAUCGUACAGCUGGGGUUCUGCCGUCAUACUGCUGCAGUCAUGGGCGCUUUAUCGGAUGCCAUUUUUGGCACGCGAUACUCACCAACCCUAUUUGUAUCCACUGCCACUCAGGAUUGAACAGCAUGCCCGGGAAGGGUUUAUAUGGAUGCCGUAUCGGAGGCCGAAAAUUUUGAAUGUUGUACCCUCGUCUGCACUCGUUGAUUCCCACAUAUGGUGUACUAACACACCAAUAAUAAAUUUCAACAUCGUCGAGUGGUAUCACGGUAAUCGGGUGCUUCGGCAGUUUGGGUGCAUCCAACCUAUCCCGGAUCCGCCGUGCCAGUUGGGGGAUGAUCACGGCUUGACAAAGAGAGGAAGAGUUCAAUUGGACUGGGGAAUAUAUCACCGGAAAUACGUUGCACUGUGGAACGAUCAAUUGCGCCGAAUUCCUCUGAUGGUUAUGGCUACCGACCUGCACAAUGGUACCAUAGCUGCGGGAAGUCGUAUUUACUUGGAGCGCAAUCGACUGUAA